AUGGUUAUCAAGGCUUGGUUCGACGUCGAGUAUACCGACCCAGCUCUCGACCGGGCUCGGGCUGAUGCUAAGCGAUCUGGUGGUCAAAUUCCUCCUCCUAAGCGGGGUCGUAUCAACUUCAACCUCUUCGACGAUGUAGUCCCCAAGACCGCCGAGAACUUCCGUGCUCUCUGCACUGGCGAGAAGGGCUUCGGUUACAAGGGUAGCAAGUUCCACCGAAUCAUUCCUGAAUUCAUGUUGCAGGGUGGUGACUUCACUCGUGGUAAUGGCACCGGUGGCAAGUCCAUCUACGGCGAGAAAUUCGCGGAUGAAAACUUCAAGCUGCAGCACAACAAGCCUGGCCUUCUCUCCAUGGCCAAUGCUGGCCCCAACACCAACGGCUCUCAAUUCUUCAUCACCACCGUCGUUACCUCGUGGUUGGAUGGCAAGCAUGUUGUCUUUGGUGAGGUCGCGGACCAAAAGAGCAUGGACAUCGUCUCUGAACUUGAGAACACCGGAUCCGGCACCGGCCAAGUCAAGCUGGAAUUCAAGCCUGUCAUUGUCGACAGCGGUGCUGAGAAAUAG